AUGACACAGGGACAGCUAUUGGGAACUGGUGGAGCCAUGAAGGAGGGAGAGAACACUCGGAAAAGAUUGAAGAUAUCGGUUCCGCAUUUUGAUAAUUCGGCUCUCAUCAAGACAUAUGCAAAGACUUUGAUUGGGAGGUGCAUGAAUCCAGCUGAGCAAGAGAUGCAGGCGCUGCUACAGAACAUCCCAAGAUUUGGAAGUUGGAGGACCGUGUGGUGGGCACAGAUUUGGGUCACGGGGAGUUCCAGUUCAAUUUUCAGACGGAGGAAGAGAUUGAAGCCGUGGCAACCUAGGAAGUCACAACUGUUCCCGUCAGAAAUACCAUUUUGGGUUCGGGUGCGAGGUGUUCUAAUGGAUUUCAAGACGCUUCCCACUUUCGAGAGCAUUGGUGGCGCACCUGGGAGGCUAAUCUCGGUGGAUCUUGAGCUUUCAAGAGUUCAAGUGGAAGAGAGGUGUCCUCAUGCUAAACCAGAGGUGAAGCAGAGUCCGAAGAGGAAGAGGGAGAAUAGAGAUGGUAAUAGCGGGUGGUUUGAAGGUGGAAAGCACGAGGUGAGGGCCAGGAGUUACAAGGGCGUUGUCAUCAACGGGAACACGGGCAAUCAGCAGAAGGAAAGAGAUGGAAGGGAGUAUUAUGGUAAGGGGAAAGGGAAGAUGGUGGAGGAAAAUGAUCACAAAUGGAGGUGUGUUGCUGAGAAAGGGAACAAGAGCUCGCUUAAUAACCGGGGAAAUUACAGACGAGAUGGAGAGGGGUCUAGGCAGAGAAUGCCACGUAGGGAUGAAGCAAGAGUGGUCACUCAGGAAGAAAGGGGUAGGGGCAUACCUGGACAAGUAACUGGACAAAACGGGAGGAGGGAGCUACAACGCUCUGAAGAUAAAGUGGGCAAAGGUAAUCAGACAGUUGAGAUAGCUCAACAGAAUGUACCUUCACUUGAGUUUCAGGAGGAGCUCGCUAAGACUCAAGCUACAGGAGCAGCUGUCAUUUCGGAUCCAAUGGACACAGAGAGUGGGUUACAAGUAGUGAAGAGUCUGAUAGGCAAUGUAACUGAGGUUGAUGAUGGUGGUGAUAAAGACAGGAUCAUGGAAAUGGAUGAGAUAAGGGCAGUUUUUCUAGAGCAUGGUGUUGACAUGGACGCGGCUGAUCUCGAGGAAUGCUCUGAAAGGGAGAUGGAGGAAGCAUUGAGAGAGUUAGAGCAGGCAAGUGGAGAGGAAAAUCGCGAGGUUGAAGAAGUGACUAAGGUUGAGGAUGAUAAGGAUAUGGCUGAUGGUGACGUGGGGAAGAAAAAUGGAUCUCGCAAAAGGCUGUUCAAGCCGACGAUAAGCACUGCAGCUAGCACAAAAAUGAGACUUGCCAAGGUUCUGGUUUCCCCACGUAAAAGAGCUGUAGGUAAAACUGGAACGCGCCAUGGUGAACCUGGUAAGCAGAUGGAGAAUAAGGGCCCCUCAAACCCGAAGAUGGGACCUCCUAAACCAUACUUUUAUGGAUCAGAGUAUAAGAAGGAGAUGGAGAGAGCAGGGUAUUCUCCCUUGUUGGUUUUGUUUAUCAUCAAGUUCGUGGAUCGCAGGAGAAUGAGGGCUUACAGUAUGAGGAACAGCACGUUGAUACUAUGGGCAGGAGUUAGGGAGAGAGCUUGUUGUUUUAAGAAACCGGGCCAGCAGACAACAUUUGGGUCUUCGUAUGGUACAAACUCGUGGUCACAAGACGAAGAAAAUAUGUGGAGCAUUGUUGAUAUAAGGGGACUACUGUGGCUUCUUGGAACGAUUUACUGA